CUCGUCACCCCUCUUACAUUAUUGUGUCGGUCUUAACACAGAUAAGCAUACUGCGUGGGAUUGGUGGUCGCUGGAGGCAUCAUGGAAGAACAGCGCCAACCGGUUGCUUCCUCAUCCAAGCUACCAGCCGAGCCUGAACAUGACGACUUGAAAGGAAAUGAGACAGAUCAGGAUGAUCACUCCAUACUCGAGGAGACAGAGGAAGAGUUGGAGCAGGACCGAGCAGCGCUCGAGCAAUCCGAGAAGCGGAUAGACGACUACCUUAAGCUACAUCAUUCGAUAGCCUCCAGCAAGGAGCUUCUCAACAAUCUUUCGUCAUUCCUUACGACAUUCCAAAGCGACCUGUCAGAGGUGUCUGGGCAGAUCUCAGAGCUUCAAGGCAAGAGCAAAGCGAUCGAUCGUCAACUAGAAGGCAGAAGGGCCAUUGCGCAACCUCUCAAUUCCCUCAUCAAAUCGCUGGUCAUCCCGCCAGAACUCAUCUACCUGAUCCGAGACACUGUACCUAAUACCGAAUGGAUACCAGCGAUCGCUCAAUUGGAGCAGAAGAUAUGGGCGGUUAGAGCAAGAGGGAAAGUACGGGCGAGCCAUGAGGUUGCUAUGGUCGUCGAGGGCCUGAAGGCAAAGGCCAUUGUGUCAAUACGACAACAUAUGCUGGGCCUGAUACGGCCUCUAAGAGCUUCCGUGCAGACCAACAUACAAGUCGUCCAGACCACCAUACUAUUGAAAUAUCGGCCGCUCUUUCAGUUUCUGCAUCGACACGCACCGAAAGUAGCGGAAGAGGUACAGCGGGCAUACGUAGUGAGCGCCAGGGCGUACUACGAAACAUGUUUCAGACGUUACGCAAGAAGUCUGGGUUUGGUCAAGGCGCGCUCGACAGAAAUGAGAGAUCUGAUUGGAGCACCAACAAUAUCGGACGCUGCACAAACGCUGCUGUCGGGUCGUCUACCCGGACGCACAGAUCCAUCUACCAACGGGGCCGAGCUCAAAACACCAGCGAUGAAGGCUGAAGAAAAGCUUGAUCGGCUGAAGUUUGCCAAGAUUGACGAGGAACCGGUGAUAUUGGGAUUUCAAGCGGAGAACAAAGCAUUUAUACAACCUGUAGAAGCGGUCUUUCGGUCGCUACUCUUGGUGCUCCUCGACAACGCCUCAUCCGAGUUCACGUUCCUGGUCAGGUUCUUUGCUGCGACGCUAGACCGGCCUAGUAAAGGCCCUGCCGUUCCGCGAUCGAAUUCGGUCGUCAGCAUUGGGCUCGCCAGUCCUUCGCUUCGCUCCGUUGCCUUGACACGUAAAGAUAGCGCUAUUAGCAUGGCUUCGAGUGCCCAGGGCGGAUCUGGGGCAUCAGACGGGUUGGGCAUGAACAUGCGAGAUGGUGAUGCCGAGUCGGACACCGGAACGGCUACUCCCCCGGCAGAAUCUAGUCGGAAGGGAACGUCAGAACCGUCCAGAGAGACUUUGCGGUUGCUAGAGGUCAUUUGGAAGCAGGUCAUGGAAACGGCAGUCGAAUAUUGCAAGGCGCUUUUCGAUAGCAUCGCCGAGCCCUUAGCACCACCGCCUGCAAUACCGCUACUCACCAUGAUCCGGCUGAAUGACGCAGCCAUGGAAGAAGCGAAUCAACGAGGGUGUAUUCCCAUGGAAGGUAUAUGCAUGGGACUCAAACUCUCGAUGUGGCCGAUCUUCCAGAAGGAGAUGACUGCGCAGAUUGAUAGCGUCAAAAAGCUUGCGGACGCUGCUGCUGGAGGCGGAUUUGGAGCCAUGUUGAACAAGGGGCCGAAAGACUCGACAGUCAGGCAAGUCUGCGAGAGAUAUGCAGACUUCUUCUCCUAUAUCGUUGCGCUCAGCAGCGAUGAGGACGAAGCCAUGGUCUUUACAAGUAUGAACCGCCUGCGGACAGAACUAAGCCGACUAGCAAUCACUCAAAGCCAAAAGAUCAAAAGUCCACCACAGCAAGCUUCGUUUUUAGUCGGUAUAUACGACGAUAUUAUUCGAGGCUUGACGACGGGUCCCGGGCGGACUAGCCACCCUCGGCUUCAGACGGAAUUAUCGUUUUUCCGGACAAGAGAGGAGGAGGCGAGACGAAAGGUGUAAUGCAUGAUCUGCGAUGAUGAGAAUCAUGCUUGCACAGAGACAUGUGACGCCCUUGCUUUUCGGUCUCUGAAGAUGUCCUUCAGGAUUUCCUGUUCACAAUGGAGCGGUUGAUUUCAGCUUUGCCGUAGGCUUCGGCUUCAGACCGCUAGGAAACCACUGACCUUGGCAUCGUCGGGAUGCAUCUUGCGAACUUCCUGGCCAUGUGCCGAACCAUCCACGGACGCAGUCGCUGAUCUCGAUUGGGACUUCGAUCGUGGUCGAUUUCCGGCGCCUGCGACCAACAACUAUUAGUGCACAUGUUGAUUGGACCAACAGUCGGC